GACACCCCAGCAAGCACCCACAACACCGUCGCCGCCACGCCACGCUGUCUCUCCGCUGCAUCCGCCGCACACAUGCUCGUCUCGUCAGCGAGACGAUGGCGCAGAGCCCCGUAAUCAUACCCUCAUCCUCGCCGCCGCCCUUUCGUCUGCCCUCCGAAACGCCGCCCCAACCAGCCCGCCCCACCGAGUCCUCCUCUCCCGGCCUGCCAAGUCCGUCCUCGUUCUUCCCCAAGUCAGCAGCUGGUCUGCAGGAGAAGGCCAAGGCAUCGAAGGAUGUUACAGGCAAUAGUAAGGGCUUUCAAAGCGCGGCGAGUCUGCCAAAGUCGAAUUACUUUCAAGAUCAUGCCGCUCUGGACAAGACCUCGACAUCGGCGAGACCCAACAAGGCCAAGAUAGUUUCUCGGGCACGCGAUAGACCAGGCGUGUCCGACAGCGUCGGUAAGGUCGCGACAGGUCUCGGGGAGGCGAGAGCGUUGUCCGCGAAGACACCUCGUGGCGUAGCAGCCAGGAGCCCAUUACAAUCGUUCGUCCAUCGACGGCCCUCGAGAGAACGACAGAGUGGUCCGAGUUCUGCGAGAGGUUCCUUCAGCCUUGCAGCAUCUGGCACAGAACAAGACAAGCAACGAUCAAGGACGCCUAGCAUUUCGCUCUCAGUGUAUAGCUUCGAUGGCGGUAUCCAAGAGGACGCGCACGAGUUGCCUUUUGUGAGAGAAGUGGCCAAGCCCCCACUGCAAGGUCUGGACAACGAUACUAAUGCGCCCGAUGACUGCGCAUCUGCUCAGCAGUACAAGGCUGGAGUGCGUUUGGAUUCAAUUGAGACGAUCAAGCAGCCACGCAAACGCUCUGCGAAGACGUCCGAGGCUACUGCUGCGCCGGCAAAGAAAGCGCAUGCUAAACGUGCCCCCAAAUCAAAAUCUGGCGGCGACGCACCCAGUAGACAGUCGCGGAAGCCAUUGGCCAAGUCAGCAUCAUUUGUACUGAACUCGGAUGACCUUGCCUCGACACAAUUCGCAGGCCUCGAUGCUACGCAGGUACAGGGUCGCAGACCUCCUGAAUUGGAUAAGUCCAAAACCGAGAAGUUACCCACAGAAAAGCCAAAGCGAGCACCGAGGAAACCCAAGAAAGCAGUGCAGCCAAGUGGUGACCCCGGUCCUGGCCUUGAUAAACGUACGGACAGUAUGACUGGUAGUGAAUCUACUUAUUUCGCCAAACCUCCUAUAGCUGCUGAUGAUUCGGCAAUGGAACUGGGCGUACCAGUCGCGGAUCCAAUAUUGUCUGAGGAACGGGCUGAUCAGCCAGCACAAGCACACCGCCGCAGACGCAGCUGGACUCCAGUGAAAGACACUUUGCCACAGCCGCGUGGUGGUGAAACGAGUUCGGUACUGACGAACGUAGAAGGCCGCGAAGGACCUGCUACUUCGCUCAAUGCAAUUCUGGGCGAUCUUGCAUACUCCAGAAAAGAUCUACCUGUCCCUCAGCGGACUGCAUCUGGAGAGAGCCUGCUCAAAAGGCGCAAGAUCGAGCUCGCCGAUGAGGCAACAGUCGCGCCAAGGGCCAGGAAAGAUAGCGAAGUUGUGAAAGAUGCCCCCGCGGAGAAGACAAAGAAAGGCAAGGUGCCCAAGAAGAAAGCACAGACGAUUACCGAGCUCGCCACCAAAGCCUACCGGCCUGAGGAUAUCCCACAAGCUGCGCAGGCUACAGUCUCGUCCUUUUUUGCGGCAACCGGACACGGCGAUGCGGGUCUUGCUGUAACGAUUACGGCAGAUACUGCGAAACCGCCAGCUGUGUCGUCGAAAAAGCCUCGCAAACCACGAUCGAAGAAGUUGGAAGAUGGAGCCCCGCCAGUCGAUCAGCCGAAGAAAACUGUCAAUUCAAAGGCGAAAGUGAAAGUCCGGUUUAAUGAGGAUGACUUGUAUGGCGAGCUUUAUUCUCCCGAGAAAGCACGACUUGGGGAAAAUCGCCAGAAUUUCCUAUUUGGCACAUCGAGCCAGCUGGGCACCGAGGACUCACCAACAUUCGUUCGACAGAUGCAGCGUGCGCUGCAGGAAUCAGAAAUAGCUGCAACUGAAGGGGAUGUUGGGAGUCCUUCGCGAAGGAGCUUCAUCAGGGUCCCAACCGCGCCGCAUGGGACCUCCUUGUCUUGCGGUCAAGCGAUGCGCGAUCUGUGGCGAUCCGCCGCAAGGAAUUUUGAGGACGACCUACUGCCUGCAGAGGCACGAUCAGCCAGGAUACGUGAGGCAUCUGGUUCGGAAAUAGUGGCGGGAGUUCGCUUGGCCACCAGCCUCGAAGCCGACCUGGAACCGACCGGACACAAUAACCCGACGUUACUGCAGACGACCGAUUCAGUCGAUGGAAGCGAAACAAGCGAGAGGCAGCAUGACCUUGUCGAUUUGUGCUGCACAUCGCCCAUUGAUCCUCUGGGCACAGCGCAUGGGGUGGACGAGCGAUCGAAGCACAAGCCGGGGCUGAGUGCUACAUGUACAGAUACCAAUGAACCAUCGGCCUUCGUCGAUCAAGCGCCUGGGUCUGAUGAUUGGAAGGUGCUUGGCUCUAGCCCAGAGUCUCCACGCCCCAAACAAGGACUCACGACAGAAGCGCCAAUCCUGAGGUUUCCACCCCAGCUCAAGCGAGCAGCAACCUCGCCCUUUCGGGACCGGACAGCUCUGCAAGCACUAGACGUCAAUACCUCACCGCGUAGAGCCCUUCUCCAUACUGGACUGGCAUCGACAACUCGGGAUCCAGUGCACAAAAAGCCACGUGGUAGGCCUCGAAAGGACACAGGAAAGGAUGAAGGCGUUCAAAGAUCGCCUAAGCGAGGAUUGGACACGGCAACCAGAGUCACACCCGGCCAGGCUAAGCAGACAAAGACGUUCUCAGCGUCGCAACCUAUCUGCAGUUCGGAUUUUGUCAAUAUAGAUGAGAUCUCAGACCCAGACGCUCCGACUACGCCUUCCCCACCUCGGCGGCGAGCUACGUCCAGCCCACCAACCGUGCGGCCUCUGGAUCUGAAAGCGGUCGCUUCCCCUUCGGUGAUUGCAAGAGCAAAGUCAAAAGGAUUGGAGCCGAAGGACACCGAUAGUGCAGCAACAGUUUGGUCAAAGCUGAAGCCAGAGGAUGCUUCGUGGACGAACGUUAUGCCCGAGCUCUUUCCUCAAAUCACAGCAACUAUCAAGUCUACCGCACCAAGUACCGAUCUCGCACAUUCGACGUGGUACGAGAAGAUAUUGCUCUACGAUCCGAUUGUCUUGGAAGACCUGACGGCCUGGCUGAACGACAGAGGGGUACGAGUCGAGAGCAGAAGAUUGAAGCCGAAACCAAGACUUAAAGGGCGCAAAAAGAAGCAGGAUCAGCAUGCCUUGAAUAAAGAUGAUACUACGCCUACGGAAGACGAAUAUGAACUUGUACGGGAGCCACUAAAGCCUUGGAUGGUUCAGAAGUGGUGUGAAGAUAAGAGCGUCUGCUGCCUUUGGAAAGAAGGCUUGCGAGGAGGCGUUAGAACCAGGUACUGAUCAAUAAGAUCUCGUGAACAAGGCACUCAAUGGCCAAUGUGCUUCGCCGCCUGUCAUUUCACAGCGCUUGUCGCUCUGCGCCUGGAAGAAUACGACUUUGAGGACUUCGCCGUGCCAGCUGAUGUGCAUACAGCCAGUGCGCGGCCCUCUCCGAUAGCGAGAUUGAGGAGAGCGGCGGGAAGCUUGAAUCCGAAUGCAAGUCACUGAUCGCCUGGAGGUCGAGAAGUGUCUAGUUCCGCCUGCAGCAAGUGUACCCGUCAGCCCUGCACAGUGCUAAUGUUGCCUGAGGUUUCAAGGCCGCGGUAAAGUCGGCGUGAGUGAAUCGGACAAGACCCCAGAAAAGGUCAAGCCGGAGCCCACCCUGUUCGGACGAGAUUUCUCGCAAUUGGACUGAUAUCAUUGGUCCACUUUCUUAUCUUUGCCGCGUGUCCUGGUUCUCCUGUGCUCCCAAAGACCGAAUUCAACACGCGAGCCGACACAACGUGGCGUGCACGCGACCAGAUCUACAGUACAUACUCGAAUUAAAGCUCAAAGCCAAGACUUCCAAGCAAGGCUUGACUACUCAGAUGAACAACGCAACAGUCCAAUACUGAUGAACUCACAGUUCGCAUGAAUCAGACCGCUUGAAUUGCUGUCCGAGACAGUCAUUCUUUCCUUCGUCAGCGGUCCAUCUUCUGAAGUUUGUAUAAUUCAGA